AUGUGUGCAGAACACAUUAACACCCGCGAGGACUUGCACAGGAGUUCCCUUCAGCGACACACGCACGCCCCCCCACCCCCACGCCCCCACGCGCCUCGCCUCCGUCGUUCGCUUCACCCCCUUCCACCGCAUGGAGGCGGAGGCAACAGCGGCGCCCUCGGCGCUUCCUCGCUUACGCUGCCCCGCGCGUGGGCCACGCAGUUCCAAUCCGCAGCACCGCCGCCGCUCAGCAACGCAACGCUGUCCUCCUCAAAGAUGGCGGCGCGCACGACCUCCGCAAAGCGGGGAUCCACACCGUCCGCCUCGGUCGCCUGCUGCGCCGACAGCGUCACGCGCUGCGCGUGCAACGGGGCGCCGGCGUCCAUCGAAGCCCCCGCAGGCGCCCCUCCUCUCUCCCCUUCCCUGGAUGAGGCCUAG